AUGUCAACUCUCCACGUAUCGAGGCGUUAUCGAUCCUCCACCUCGGCGUCGUCCAGAUCAAACAGUGCUGCCAACUCGAAAGCUCUCGAAAUCCUGCGCGGCCUACUCGACACUCUCGCUGCUGGCACAACCAGACGCACCAACAAUGGCUAUCCCGAAUUUCCCGUUCUCCUCAAGGGCUUGCGCCAAAUCCGACAGCAUAUUGCCGCCCCCGAACCGCCGAGUCCGCCCCAAGAUGAUUUUAGACACUUGCACGGCUUUCACCGUCUCCUCGAUGUGCUGCGAUCCUUUUCCGGCUUUUAUAACCCCCAGCGCCGGACAAAAGAAGAGAAGGAGGGGCUGUUCGGGCUGCUAGAAGCCGUGCUGGAUGUCUUCGCCGCCGCCUUCUUGGGCCAUCCUGGGAACAAGCGCUACUUCCGUCACAGAGUAGAAGGCGGCGGAUGGGAGGCUCUUGAACAGACCAUCGCCAGCGUCGGGUUAGGCGGAAGUGACUCCGACUUAUGGACCAACUGCCAAUUGUUUGGAAAGCUCUUGGCGUUCUCGCUGGGCGACAACAACGUUGAUGCCCUUUGCCGGUCCCUUGCCUCACACCAGGAGACAAACAUUCAGGAAACCACAACGGACCCGAAAGAAGCCCCCGAAGGCGGCGAAGAGCAGCCAGAAACACCGAACACUCCACAAACAAGGGAUAUUGCCCAGGAGGUGCGCAACCUCGUACACAAAAAGGCCGUUUUCCGGAACCCAGAGAUCCUACGGGCUGUCGUAGGGUUCUGGGAAUCUAUCCCAAGAGGGCAAGAUAUGCCGGCAAACUCCUGCUCGAUGGCAGUCCUGGAGAUCAUGUCGAGCGUCGUUUCAAUCUCCACGUUCAAUCUCGCCGCUCUCCAUGCUACCGGCGUACUAUCGCGUUUGCUCUGUGUUCUGUUCGAUCCCGCUCCAAAACUCGACCAGGCUGAGAAAGACAAGUUGCUCAUCAUCUGCAAGAAGCUUAUGUACCUAGGCUUCAAUCAGCCAGCAGACACCCAGUUCCUGCUCGCAAGUACAUCACCCGAGGCUUCCGAAUUCAGCCUGGAGAUGACCUCGACAUACAGUGGUCCUCCGUUCUUCCAAUUCGAUCUUUCGUUACACGGUCAUUCCUCCAUCGAACUGCCGACGCUUGGCCGGCCAUUCCCUCCCAACUCAUCUCCAGGAUACACUUUCACGGCGUGGGUCCGCGUGGAUCGAUUUGACCCCAACUCUCACACUACCCUUUUUGGCGUUUUCGAUGAGACUCAGACCUGCUUCCUCUUGAUGUAUCUUGAACGGGAUACUCGCAACUUCAUCCUACAGACCUCCGUCACAUCCAGCCGACCUAGCGUCAGGUUCAAGGGCAUAUCAUUCAAAGACAAACAGUGGUACCACAUUGCCCUAGUUCACAGACGGCCCAAGACAAUGACUGCCAGCAAAGCCUCGCUAUACGUCAACGGAGAGUUUGUGGAGCAGAUUAAGUGUGCCUACCCUUCGUCGCCACCUUUCGCAAACGGCAGCACUGAAAGUUUUGCGUCUUUUACAUCCACCAACGCCAAGCCGCACCCCGUCCAAGCAUUCUUAGGAACACCGAGGGACCUGUCCAAUCAGCUUGGACCCGGCCUGGUAUUCUCCAAAUGGUCUCUGGCCUCUGCGCAUCUUUUCGAGGAUGCUCUGAGUGACGAUUUUCUUGCCGUCCACUAUGGCCUCUCCCCGAGGUAUCAAGGCAAUUUUCAGGAUAGCCUGGGUGGCUUUCAGACAUAUGAAGCUUCAGCAAGCCUGGGCCUGAGAAACGAAGUUUUCUACCCGGGGAGAGAUGAGCAUUCGGACAUUAUUAGAGCAAUCAGGGACAAGGCAGGCAGCCUCCUGCCUGAGCAGAAGAUCCUGCUAAGCAUUCUUCCAUCAGGCGUCUUUCGAGAGGAUGGUGCUUACCAAGACACUCAGCUCUACCGUGCUUUGCCCCGGCCUGCUGCAACGAGUCUCACUCAGAUGACACACAGAAGUGGCUCGGCAAUUGCCAUCAAUGCUGCACUGCCAUGCCUGCUGGACGCGUUGGCGCGCUCUCAUGGGGUAGCUAUCCUGACCGGUAAUCCUGUGGUCGUCAUGCCCUCUUACUUUGACGAUAACUUCUGGCGCCUUGCUGGCUUCACUCCCCUAGCUCUCAAGAUUGUCGAGAGAGCAACCUCGGUAGAGGAAACAGUCCGUGCUGUUGAGAUGACAUUUCUCUGCAUUAAGAAGAGCUGGAGGAACAGUGAAGCCAUGGAGCGCGACAACGGUUAUGCCAUUUUAGGCAUGCUCCUGAGAGCAAAGCUGGGAUAUACCGUCAACUUGAGUGCUGAUAAUGUUAACCUACGAUUGCCGAUCACAAGUGAAGAGAGGGACAAACUAAGCUUUCAACUUCUCAGCCUUGUCCUUGAUUUUGUGGGAUACAAUCAUGCUGAACCUCUAGAGUCCUUCAUUGUCAAUCCUCUGGCCUAUCGCAUCCUGCUGAUCGACUUUGAUACUUGGAGACGAUCUGCUCCCAUCACUCAGGGGCUCUACUACAAGCAGUUUGUAACCUUCUCUGUUAAGAGCAAGUAUCACCAGUUCAACAGCAGACGGUUAAUGCGCAUGAGAAUCGUCAAACGACUACUUGAUGCCAUGAAAGCAGAGUCAAUUUCAGAAGAAGUACUUCCGCACUUCAUGACGGCUUUGGAACAUCUAGUGAAAUGCAACUAUACAGCCGAGGUGCAUAGGUCUCUCGCUCUGUUCAUUACUUAUGCCUACCAUUCACCGACAGCCUCUUUGGUCAGGACCCCUAAACCUAUAUCUGCGAUCGCCAGAACCCCUGCUUCUGGCUUUGCAAGGCGAGCCACCUUCGAUUCCAGCACCCCCCCGAAUGCGUCCUCCUCAAGAAUCCUCACCAAGAAGCAACUUGGUGCAAAGAUCUUGGGAAUGUAUUCAACUCUUCUCUGUGAAGAGGGCAAUCUGGCCAAUAUCCGCAAGUUUGCAAGGACAGUGACAAACAAGGUGAGACCACCGUCUGACGAAAACCAACUAUUUUUAUUGAGUGUAGACCAGUGGCUACUGUACCUUUUGGCCAAUGACGACCCCGAAACGGUGGUGUACGGCAGCAAGAUCCUAGCAAGACUUCUCAUCACCCACGGCUCAGCCUACACAGCCAAGUUCUCCGGGAAAACUGGCGGCUUCACCAUCAUGGCCCAUCGACUCAAACGCUGGUGGUAUGUCCCUUCGCUGUGGCCUAUAUGCUUCAGCAUCCUUUUCGGAUUUGACGUGGCCAAUCUCGACCUGGAUCGCGACUUUGAGUUAUCAAGCUUGUUAGAAACAUUCGGCAAGGCAAGAGUCCUCUACCCAGAAUGUCUUCAAGUUUUGACGUCAAUGCUACAACAUGGGUUGAAGGACGUUAUGAGGAGCCAGGAGGAUCCAAACUCGCCUCAAAAGCCGCGCAGCCUCUUUGCAAGCGGCUUCGAAGGGCUAGAUACACGGCCCCGGGCCAAGUCAAUGGAUACUAGAGGCAUCGAUGCGAGAGAUGGUGCCCAGCAUGAGGUCGGAAAUACGUUAGAUCACGCGCCUAUGCUCGUUGCCGUCGUUCGAUUUCUAUCAGAUUUGCACUCUCGCUCCGCCGACUUCAGAGACUUUGCCUUGACAUCCGAGUACGUCAGGUACCUACUAUGGGCCUGUUACCCCAUCAUCGUUAGCACUGAUGCCGUCACCCCAGACACCGAGCUUAACUCACGAGACUCGGCGCUCACAUUUGAAGGCGGAGACGUGAUGAUCCGUCCCCUUGCCGGCUCUCAGCCUGGUCCCAUCAUUCGCACGACGAGCACGGAUGCGGUUGCUACAUUGGCUGGAACCCCCCGCGGCACCCCUCUCCGGAAGGCAUCUGGUUUUGUGAUGCUCACUAAUCAAACAUCUCCCCAAGCCCCCAGUGCAGCACGCUUUGCCCCGGUCAUGUCACCAAAGAAGAAGGUCGAAUCGCAACAGCCUAGCAGCGCAGCCCUUGAUGGCCUAGUAGAGUUGGUCAUUAGUGUAUUCAUUGACCAGGUCUUCACGCGAAAGGAGUUCCCUGGCUUCGGACUGUUCCUGAAGAUCCCACCUGGGUUCCAAGAGCACCAGGCUUACUUCGAAUCCUUUGUCCUCAGGAAGACACUCCAACAACUUGGGAAUCACGUUCAGUCGAAUCAGGGGGUUCUGUGUGAGCCAAAGGUUCUCACCAAUAUGGGCAGAUUAGCCGCACACGUUACGGACGCCAUCUUCGAAGGCUGGUUUAUCAAUGGUACGGAGCCAAUGCUAGAAUUCGCUGGUAUGGUACUUGAAUACCUACAGCGGCCCGAAGUCUCUACCUUGAAGAGCGUCCGUCUCUGUAGUCAAGCAGUGGCCACGACACGUCAAAGCUUCCUCAAGCUGCUUCUGCUUCGGUUCUCUGAGCUGGAUGAUCCCGACACACCAGACUCCAGUGCAAAGGCUUUUAUGAGCAACAUCCUAUACUGGCAGGCCCCUAUAUUAGACUCUCUCUCGGACGAGGAGGAGUACAUGAAGCUUUUCUGGUACCAACUUUACACGAAACUUGUGGACUCCCGAGUAGCCAUCAGGUCUGCCACGGCUACCAUCAUGCGCAUUAUGCUUGUGCAAAAGCCACAAGAGUCGAAGGUGUUGUUCCGCCAAAACGUGGCGACAGACCAACAACGGUUGACGAAUGAAUUCGUUGUUAAACUCACCGAGGUUGAUGAUGAAGCGUUUCUUGAAUGGGUGGACCGGCAUCGUGCGUCGCUCGAUGCCUUCUUCUUUGUCGGGAUCUCCAAGAUCUGGGAAGAAUUUGUGGCUGCCGAAAACCAGCGAACUGUUGAUUCGGCUAAGUUCCGAUUGGCGAAGCGCAGAGACCGACUAAAAGCGUGGCAAAUGGAAGCACUCAGUAUUGAUCAUGUUCUUCUGCGGCAUGACAUGGCCAACGGUGCUUGGAUGAAGAGCAUCUUCACAAGCGAGCACUUCAAGCACCAACGCUUGACUCAGGACCAGCAAGAUGAUAUGGCCUUUCUAGCUGCUGCAUUCGUCAAGAUGGACAAUGACCUGCGGCGUCCGGGGGCCGUGUUCAGCGAGCAGACACAGCUCAAGUGGAAGCUCGACCGUACGGAGGGGCGCAACCGAAUGCGUCUGAGGCUUCUACCCGACUACUCCAACAAACAUAGCGACUACCAGCCAAAGAGGAGAGCAGGGGAGUCUAUGAACCCGUCUGCCCUCAAGGUGAACACCGACAUGGUAGCCGCCCAGAUCGCACCAUCGCCAAUCAAGGCACCCACACCGGCAUCGUCCCGUAUAAAGGCCAUCCCUAGCCUUGAUGGCGAGGCAGAGGUCUCCGACAUGCCAGCCGAGACGGACCAGGAAGAUGAGGCAAACGAGUCCGGCGUCGGUGCCGAAGAGGAUUUCGAGCUAGUCGACGACCCAAACGACGCCAACGAGGGCGACGAUGGGUUCGAAGAUAAAAAUCGCAAGGUCAUGCGACGACUUGAGCAGGGUGACCAAGUCCAGGCGGUGUACAACAUCUCACGAAUCGUCGGUUUGGAGGGCUGCGAAGGUAUCCUUAUCAUUGGAAAAGAUGCCUUGUACAUCAUGGACAACGUCUUCCAAUGCGCUUCUGGCGAGAUCGUCAACGCGUGGCAAGCUCCCCCCGAGGAAAGAGAUCCCUUCUCAGAGAUAAUUACGGAUGCCAAAACCACUGAGCAACGCCAGAGCUCAAGUCGCAGCGAGCAGGAGUCGAGGAGUUGGCGGUGGCACGACGUUAUCAGUAUCUCUAAGAGACGUUUCUUGUUCCGGGACGUUGCUGUUGAAAUCUUCUUCACAGAUGGACGCAGCUACUUACUGACGUCCAUCAACCCGGCACUGAGAGACGAGGUCUUUGGCAAGCUGAUGAAUAAGGCGCCACACACCAACGCUGCUAGCUCACUACCGAACCCCGAAGAUGCUUGGCGUCUCGAAGCCCUAAAGGUCUCUGAGGAGAUGCCCCAAGGCUUUGGUUCCAAGUUUGGAAGCAUCUUCAAUUCAACUCCUUGGAACCCCGCCAUGAAGAAGUGGCAGAAAGGGGAGAUGUCCAACUUUCACUAUCUCAUGCUCGUCAACACGAUGGCCGGCCGGACGUUCAACGAUUUGACACAAUAUCCCGUCUUCCCGUGGGUCCUCGCAGACUACACAAGUGAAGAGUUGAAUCUGAACGACCCCGCUUCCUUUCGCGAUCUCUCGAAGCCGAUGGGCGCUCAGACGGCAAGCCGUGUUUCAGGCUUCAAGGAGUCCUACAACGCUCUGUCUGAGAUAGGGGAGACUCCUUUCCACUACGGCACUCACUACUCUUCGGCUAUGAUUGUUUCCUCGUACCUCAUCCGCCUCCCACCUUUCGUUCAGUCAUACAUUCUCCUGCAGGGCGGAUCGUUCGACCACGCUGACCGUCUUUUCCAGUCCAUCCCUCAUGCGUGGCAGUCUGCUUCUUGCGACAACAAGGCAGACAUCAGGGAGUUGAUACCAGAGUUCUUUUGUCUUCCAGAGUUCCUCACCAACAUUAACCAGUACAACUUUGGCAACCGUGAGAGCACAGGGGCGAGGGUUAACAAUGUCGUCCUGCCUCCCUGGGCCAAGGGAGACCCCAAGAUCUUCAUUGCCAAGCACCGCGAGGCACUUGAGAGUCCGUACGUCAGCCAGCAUCUGCACAACUGGAUCGAUCUGGUAUUCGGGUUCAAGCAAAGAGGCGAUGCCGCCGUUGACAGCCUCAACGUCUUUCACCAUCUCUCGUAUAGAGGCGCCACCGACCUGGACAACAUCAGCGAUCCGCAGGAGAGACGCAUCACCGCGGGUGUCAUCCAUAACUUUGGUCAAACGCCACACCAAGUCUUUACACGACCCCACCCCGCUCGUGAGCAUGCGUCUUGCCCGAUCCGACGAUUGGACACGUCCGUCUAUGCUCUUACCAGGCUAUCGCAUCCAUUGCUAGGCAAGGUGGCUUCUCUGAUUUACUCGCCGAAGAUCGAUAGGCUCAUAUGCGCCUCGCCAUUCCGUCUGAAUGUCGCCCCCUAUGACAAGUUCCUCGAAUGGGGCUACGCGGACAACAGUGUCCGUUUCUUCUUCAGCGACAACCGGAAGAAGCCCGCGGGACUCUUCGAGAAUCUUCAUAUUGGGCAGUUGUCUUGCGCUACCUUUGCUGAUUCCAAGACGCUGAUCACGGCUGGAGAGGACUGCGUUAUAUCCGUCUACGCGGUGCAGACUGCCCCCGGCAAAGUGGUGGACCUGCUCCCCCGUUCGUCACUCUUUGGCCAUCGCGCCCCUGUGACGAACAUCGCAGUGUCCAAGUCCUUCAGCACAUUCGUGUCAGUGUCGACUGACGGCCAAGCCUUUGUUUGGGACCUCAAUCGUCUCGAGUUUAUUCGGAAGCUGCCGCUUUCGCGAGCCGUCGAAUGCGCCCGCAUCAACGAUGUUUCUGGCGAGAUCAUGCUUGGGUCUGGCCCAAACGUCGUUCUCUACACCAUCAAUGGCACGGUUAUACUGGACCAGAAUGUCUGCACCGAGCCAGAUGACUACGUGCACUCUUGUUCCUUCUACGAAGGCGCCGGUAACGAGUGGCUCGAAAACUACCUUAUCUUCACUGGUCACAAGAGGGGACGCGUGAACGUAUGGAAGAAGUGCGUCAAGAACGGCAAGUGGGUGUUGGAGUUGCUUAGGCGGUUGGACCACGUCGAUCCGCGCUCGGAAGUGGGGGCCAACUACGACGCCGGCGUGACUUGCAUCGCGCCUAUGCCGCAGUGUGUUUACACCGGCGAUGACGAUGGGCGAGUGUAUGAGUGGAAUCUUGUCCAACGUGACAGAUAG